AGAUAAAACACUUAAGUGAUUUGUUUGUUUUAAGUAAAACGAAUAGCUAAAGUGUAGUUUAAUAUUAUGGAGCCGGAUCCCGAUUUGGAUUCAUUAGUAAAAAUAAAAUUAUUUUCUAUUGCAGAAGCGAGAUUAAUAAAAGAAAAGCGCAAAGAGUAUGAUUUUAUAAUAUUUUGCCAACGCUGUGAUGGACUAUCGAUUUUCAAUGCAAUUGAAUUUGAAUUAAAAUUAUUAGAAGAUAUACAAAAUCGUCGCACUAAAUCCGGUAUAAUCGAUCGUCAAUAUGAUAUCGAACUGGAUGUAGUUAAACGCAUCAUUAAAGUUUAUAAUAAUUUAAUAGCUCACGGAGAUCGUAUGCGUAUAUUACAAUCGUCGCCAUUAGAAGAAUAUCAAUUAAGAAUAACUGUAUGCUUACAAAAUCUUUGCGCACUUCAUCCUAAAUCCGAGGAAGUCUGGCAAAUAACCGGAAGAUGGUUUACGGAACAGAAAUCAUAUGAAAAUGCUCGUAAACAUUUACAUCGAGGAUUACAUUAUAAUUGUAAAAGUGAAUUAAUAUUCCUCGAAAUGUUUUAUUUAGAACUAGAAAUCGAAAAAAAUAGUCCAUCAAAAGUGAAAAAUUUUAUACGAGCAAAAUCUGUUUUAAAUACAAUUUUAAAUUAUUUAUCAAAUGAAAAAAAUACAGAUUUCAUUUUUUCACUAUUAGAUUUAGCUGGGCAAUACGGUUCAGUAACGGCGGAAUUUCAAAAUGAAAUUAUUACAUUAAUGAAACAGAAAUUAUGUCGAUUAGAAGAUUUCUGGCAUAUGUUAGCUUUACGUGAACUAGAAGGAAAGCAUUAUGAUUCGUUACAUAAUAAUUUUGUUUAUAAUUCAUCGCCAAUGAAUGAGAGAUCUCAAUUAGAAAAUUGUAUAUUAGUUUAUAAGGAGGGUACGAAUUUGUUACCCACACCACGUAUGUGGAUUUAUUUCUUAACGACGUUAAAUAUUAAUGACAAGUUUGAUGAUAGUAUACGAUUAAAAUUCUUAAAAGAUGCUUUUCAAUUGUCACAAGCUAAGGGUGUACUCUUCAUGGAAGAGUAUCAUAUUUUAAAGUUCAUUGAAUUAAUGCCAGCAUCUGAAAAGGAGGAUAUACUUCGAUGGGCAACGCAAUAUUUACCAAAGUCUGAAAAAUUAUGGUGUGAAUAUAUGUUAUUAUAUUCGGAUCGAAAUCAUCGCGAUAAAUUAGAAGAAAUAUUUGCUAAGGGUAUCCAAGCAUUAGAAGAAAAGGCAUUACCGUUAUGGCAACAAAAGAUUCGUUAUUAUACGAAUCAUCGAAUGAGCGAUCACGAAUCAUUAAUUGAAACAAUACGUCAUAUAUAUUUAAACGGCGUGGUCAAUCAACCAAAAGAAGUUGUUGAAGCGUUACAAUUAAAUUAUCUUGAUUGGUUAGUAGUAGAAAAAGGUUUACCAGCUGCGCGUAAAGCAUAUUUAAGUUUUACAAAAGAAGGUCUCACAAUGGAGUGUCAUAACAAAAUGUUAGAAUACGAAUUAUUAAAUGAGAAUCCAAAUCAAGAAGUUGUACAAGGCAUUUUAGGAUUUGCCUGUAAAAUGUAUGGAAAAACGGAAGUGGAUUGUUGGAUUAACUAUGCACAACAUUUAAUACAGAAAGAUCCAUCACGUAUUGAAGCAAUUUAUGCAGAAGCUUUACGUAACUUAGAUCCUGACAAAUGUCCGGCAUUCGAUUUACGAUUUAAAUUGUUGAAAUCCGGUAAAACAUAGACAAUAAAUUUUAUUUAUC